CCUUACCUUCGGACGAUGACGACUUUAUUUUUGUUUGUCUGUCUUGCUUUUCAUGGCAAUCCGACGGUUUUCCCCGGAACGUUCCGGAAUUCCUCCCCUGCGGUUCCGGGCUCCUGUGCUCCAGACGAAGAGUUUUCCUCUCUGGAGGACUCAGAGGACUCUGAGCUGGACCACAAUGCCCUGCGGGACCCCGCCCCAAACAUGGCCAACCCCUUCGCCAGUCGGGACUCUCUGAGGGAGCAGCAGCCGGCGAGCCCCAUGCGCCCCCCCACCCCCGGCACGCCGCUCUUCCUGCGCCCCUCGGCGGUGGGCCGGACCUUCAGCGUGCCCCCCCUCGAACCCGAGCCCCUCCGCCGCUUCCAGAUGAGCUCCCUGGACUCCCCGCUCAGCCCCUCCUCCCGGCCCAAGAGCCCCUGGGGCCGCUUCGACCCCUACGACUCCGCAGAGGACCAGGACAAGGAGUACGUCGGCUUCGCCACGCUGCCCAACCAGGUCCACCGCAAGUCGGUGAAGAGAGGCUUCGACUUCACGCUGAUGGUGGCAGGGGAGUCCGGCCUGGGGAAGUCCACUCUGGUCAACAGCCUCUUCCUCACGGACCUGUACAGAGGCAGGAAGCUGCUCAAUGCUGAGGAGAGGAUCGCUCAAACUGUGGAGAUUACUAAGCACACUGUGGACAUUGAGGAGAAGGGUGUCAAACUGAGGCUCACCAUCGUGGACACGCCUGGAUUUGGGGACGCAGUCAACAACACAGAGUGCUGGAAGUCGGUAGAGGACUACAUCGAUGAGCAGUUUGAGCAGUACUUCAGAGACGAGAGCGGCCUGAACCGCAAGAACAUCCAGGACAACCGCGUGCACUGCUGCCUGUACUUCAUCUCCCCCUUCGGCCACGGCCUCAGGCCUCUGGAUGUGGAGUUCAUGAAGGCUCUGCAUGAGAAGGUCAACAUUGUGCCUCUGCUGGCUAAAGCAGACAGCCUCACCCCCGCCGAGGUCAGGAAGAAGAAAACCAAGAUUCUGGAGGAGAUAGAGCAGUUCGAUAUCAAGAUCUACCAGUUCCCUGAAUGUGACUCUGAUGAGGAUGAGGACUUCAAACUGCAGGACCAGGAGCUGAAGGACAGCAUCCCCUUCGCUGUGAUUGGCAGUAACACCGUGGUGGAGAGGAAAGGGAGGCGGGUUCGAGGGAGGCUCUACCCCUGGGGCAUCGUGGAAGUGGAGAACCCGGCCCACUCGGACUUCCUGAAGCUGCGGAACAUGCUGGUGCGCACGCACAUGCAGGACCUGAAGGACAUGACCCGGGACACGCACUACGAGAACUUCCGCUCCCACUGCAUCCAGAGCAUGACCCGCCUAGUGGCCAAGGAGAGGAAGCGCAGCCGGCUGACGCGGGACAGUGGGACAGACUUCCCCAUACCCCUGAUGCCUGGAACCACCAACAGCCAGAAGGAGAGACUCAUCUGGGAGAAAGACGAGGAGCUGCGCAGGAUGCAGGAGAUGCUGCAGCAGAUUCAGGAGGAGGUGCAGAGGCAGAAGGGAGGGUACUGAACCCGCUGCAGUCUCUCUCUCUCUCUCUGCAGUGGAAUCAAACAGGUUUCCUCUAAACCAGUAUUACUCACCCGCUAUGUUCCUGUCCGUUACCAGGACGACGGCCGACACCCAGGCUGUCAGCAACAGUUAAUUACGCUGCAACUCUGUCAGCAUCUGGAAUAAACUGGAAAUUCUGUGAAAGAAAAAAAAAUUGUAAAAGUUAUAAAUGUUCAUUCAAGGUCAAAGUGUUCCCUGCAAGGUCAACGUCAGCAGUGCCACCAUCGUCAAAACUGCUCCUCAGAUAUUUUCUGUUUCUUAAGUUUUGUACAAAUGAUUUUAUCCAUAUGUGGCUGCAUCACACACACUGAUGUAAUGAUAGAACUUGUGUUUUUCUACAAUGUCAUGUCUUCCAUUUAAACAUGUUUUCUUAAAUAUACACAUAAUACUGAGUUUUUAACGCUGUGUGACAUUUCUGAGAAGUGGGACUUUUCUUGGGUUUAGAGGGUACAGAAUUGGUUUUAGUACACAGAUAUAAAAAUGGAUUAAAGAACCUGAAGUCAUGUG